AAAAUCGAUUUUAAUAGAACAUGAACAAAUAUUGUGUGCAAAGCCAUGAUUUUGCGAGAAUCAGUUACCACAAAAAUGGAUUCAUUCACGAUGCAGAUCGAAACAUUUAUGCGUAAUCAUCUCACACACACGAAACUUUUCAUAGUUGGAUCUGUUUCUUCCACUUCGCGCGCGAAACGAAGAAGAUGAAGAACACGCGAUGCACUGGACGCAAAGUGUCACCCAAAUGGAUACUCAUUUUCAGCACCUUCAGCUUCGCAUUCGGCAUGUUCUUCACCAACAGGGUGUGGGCUCCGCUUGAUUCCGAUGGGAAGGUUAUGCGGCGACGUGAACAGGAAAUCAAAAUUAUUUCCGAUGAUUGCAUAACAAAUAAGGAUUCUGAUAUACUCGGAGCAAUUCAUAAAUCUGAUGAAGCAAUCCGAUCACUUGGAAACUCGCUUUCAAAGCUGCGAAUGGAGCUUCCUAUCGCUGAAAGUUCACCUGAGAAACUUAACCAUGGAAGUUUACAAGCAAACAAAACUGUUUCUGAAAAAGACUCAAGAAGGAAAAAAGCAUUUGUGGUUAUUGGGAUUAAUACUGCGUUUAGUAGCAGAAGAAGACGUGAUUCGGUUAGAGAAACAUGGAUGCCUAGGGGUGAAAAGUUAAUUCAGCUCGAGAAGGAAAAGGGUAUUGUUGUCCGUUUCAUAAUUGGUCAUAGUGCAACAUCUAAAAGCAUUUUGGAUCGAGCCAUAGAUUCUGAGGAAUCACAACAUAAAGACUUUCUGAGGCUUAAACAUGUUGAAGGGUAUCACGAAUUAACAGCCAAAACAAGAACAUUCUUUGCCACUGCAUACGCCAAUUGGGAUGCAAAAUUUUAUGUCAAAGUGGACGACGAUGUUCAUGUCAAUUUGGGCAUGUUAGCUUCAACCCUCCAUAGGCAUCAAACAAAGCCUAGAGUCUAUAUGGGCUGCAUGAAAUCAGGACCUGUUCUUUCUCAAAAGAAUGUCAAGUACCAUGAACCAGAAUAUUGGAAAUUUGGAGAGGAAGGAAAUAGAUAUUUUCGGCAUGCAACUGGACAAAUUUAUGCUAUUUCAAGUGAUCUUGCUGCAUAUAUCUCCACCAAUCAGGAAAUACUGCAUAAGUAUGCAAACGAAGAUGUGUCACUCGGUGCUUGGUUUAUUGGUCUUGAUGUAGAGCACAUUGAUGAUCGGAACAUGUGUUGUGGGACCCCUCCUGAGUGCGAGUGGAAAGCAGAAACGGGCAAUGUGUGCAUUGCUUCAUUCGAUUGGAGUUGCAGUGGUAUUUGCAAAUCGGUAGAAAGAAUGAAACAAGUUCACAAAAAAUGUGGCGAAAAUCGUGCCAUUUUUGGAACAACCAAUUUUGAAGCUUGA